AUGAUUGCUUGGGGAAUAACAAUGUCACUUAUGGCUUUUGUAAAACUUUUGGUCGCACGCGCUCUCUUGGGAGUUUUCGAAGCAGGUCUGACUCCUGGAAUAACCUAUUAUAUUACUAUGUGGUAUAAAAGACAAGAACAAGGUUUUAGAAUGGGAUUAAUUCUGUCCUCAACAUCACUUGGUGGUGCUUUUAGUGGAUUAUUAGCUUAUGCAAUUGCAAGUCUUACGGAUGAAGAUUCACCUUUAAAAGGAUGGCAAUUGAUUUUUCUAAUUGAUGGUUUGGUUUCCAUUAUAGUUGCUAUUAUUGCAUAUAUUUAUAUCACUGAUUAUCCAGAUGAAGCCAAGUGGCUUAACCAAGAAGAGCGGUCAUUGGCAGUUUUAAGGUUAAAACUUGACGAUGAUGAUGAGGAUUAUAAAAAAGCUCGAGAACACUCAUUUGACAAGGUUUAUGUACUAGAAUGUAUAAUUGCCGCUCAGAUAUAUCGUUCUGUAGAUUACCCUAAUUACGUGCGUGGUCAUAUUUUUGCAUCAGGUUUCUUAUUAGCAGUCGUUUGUUUGAGCGCAAUCCAGUAUGGAAUGUUAGGCCGACUUAAUGAGUUGAAAGAAAAGGAAAAAAUUAGCCAUAAAACUUCUGAUCAUAAGAGUAUUAAAGAAGAUAAAAAGGAAUUAGGUGAUAAACAUUAUAAAUUUAAAUAUAUUUUGUAA